AUGGAUAUCUUUCAAACAAUUGAGAUUCUUCUCCUGUUAAGUCUCUUCGUCGCAUGGUGGUUGGGCGCAUAUCGCAACAAUGUCCUCAAGUUGGAUAAAAUGGUCCUGGACAGCACACCGCCAUGGUGUUUCGCAAGCAAAGAAAGUAAAAGUAAAAUCCCAGGCCCGACAGCGCUACCCAUUCUGGGGACUUCCUGGGUGUACAGUAAACUCGGAGGAUAUACGUUUUCACAAGUACACACUUAUUACAAGGACAUGGUGAAGAAGUACGGGCCGGUGGCGAAAGAAGAAGCGCUUUGGAACGUGCCGGUGAUAAGUGUCUUCACACGCGCUGACAUUGAAAAAGUUUUGAAGGAAUCCGGCCGGUAUCCGAUUCGUCCUCCGACGGAAGCCAUUGCUCAAUACAGACGUAGUCGAAAGGAUCGAUAUGCAAGCACUGGAAUUGUAAAUGAACAAGGUGAACAAUGGCAGAAUUUACGGACUAACCUCACUUCAGACCUAACCAGCUCAAAGACCAUUUCUUCUUAUUUACCGGAAUUAGAAAAUAUCGCUGAUGAUUUCUGUCAUUUACUAAAAACAACAAGAAAUUCAAAAUCUCAGGUGUUGCAUGUUGAGGAACUCGCUAGUCGGCUUGGAUUGGAGACAAUUUGUUGUUUGGUCCUCGGCAGACGCAUGGGAUUCCUCCUCAAUAAAGAAAUCAACGAGUCUUCGAUACAAACAAGACUUGCCACUGCUGUAGCCAAUCAUUUCGUUGCGUGUCGUGAUACUUACUAUGGUUUACCACUAUGGAAACUUUACCCUACAAAAGCAUAUACAAAAUUAUCAAAAAGCGAAGAGGAAAUUUAUGAUCUUGUAUUAGAAAUCAUCCAAAGUGCAAAAGUAGAUGAUCCUGACAUAUGCGCAGCGAUAUUCCAAAGUGUCCUCAGUGCACAUAUUGAUCCCAGGGAGAAAACCGCAGCCAUUGUGGAUUUUAUCGCUGCUGGUAUCUACACGAUGCGUAACACAUUAGUAUUUUUAUUAGACGCCAUUGCGAAGCAUCAACACACACAAGAGAAGCUAUUACAAGAUGGUGCUUACCUGCGGGCGUGUAUUAAUGAAGCCUUCCGGUUGACGCCGACCGCCAUUUGCUUAGCGCGAGUGACACAAAGCGAAUUGGAGCUGAGCGGGUAUCCUGUGCCCGCUGGCAGCGUCGUGCUUUGUCAAACAGCGGUCGCGUGUCGGGACGAUGCAAACUUCUACAAAGCGAAUGAAUUCUUACCGGAACGAUGGCUGGACGCAGAAAAGACUAACACUAGUUCAGCAGCGACGUUUCUAGUGAUACCUUUCGGCGUAGGCAGACGUACAUGCCCUGGCAAACGCUUCAUCGAACAAAGUUUGCCGGUUUUACUGCGUAGAAUCAUCCAGCAAUUCGCCGUGAAAAACGAACGCGAGUUGGAUCUUCAAUUUGAGUUUCUGCUCGCGCCGAAAGGACCAGUCACGAUGAUUUUCGAGGAUCGCUGACCGAAAUUAAUGUUAAUUUAGUUUUAAUAUGUCUAAGACGCAGCCCAGAUGGCCGCCAUACUGACCUUAGAGAAACACGUUGGACAAGAUGGACGACAAACAAUUGGACAACGCCCACAUGUAUUGUUGGUUGCGUACUUUAAUAUUUUCGUAUACGUUAGAAUUACUAAGGAUUUCGAUCGGCAGCUGCACAAGAGACGCUUUUCUAUUUAAUUAAUUUAACUCUCUGGCUGUGUAUAACAAUUAUUCAAAACUGUAUAUAUAUAUGAUUUGUAAACUAGCGUCAAAUAUUGACGAGGAACAGAAAUUUAUUACUUCUCACAGAA